AUGACAAAAUGUAUACAUACAGAUUGUACUAUGCACUUUGACAGACCGUUUCAUUUGAAACGUCAUGAAGAAGAUGCUACUCAUUACUGCAAGAAUGCUGCGGAAUGCGAGAAAAACAUGGCGGGAAGACCUUCGAAACACAAAGAUCCGACUCCUCACCAUUGUGAGCCGUGUAACGCUUAUUUCAGCAGACCAGAGGAUCUCACCAGACAUUUGGGAUCGCUUAAGCAUCGGAAUGUAAUGUUGGAGGGUGUCAAACAGGUUCAGAAUACAGAGUAUGAUGUCGAUCAAACCGUCACCAAUCUUAUCAACGGCAUUGCAGAGCAACAGCGAGAGAUGACCGACAUAGAGAAACUCGAGCAUCUCCAUCAAACUCAUCCAAUUACCAUCAUCGUUGCCGACGAAGAUGAAGGGACACACAGUGGUAUCUUUGUUAAUUUCCUUGCUGUCUUUAGAGAUUUACUUAAAGAUCAUAAAUUAAUUAAAACAAAUGUAAAAAUAACAUUAAAACUUGGAUACAAGCUAUAUCAUGUCGGUAAUGGCCAACAAGAGAAGACCAAGUUUUUCGUUUGCGGAACCAUGGGAAUAGUCGAUCCGGCACCUCCAUCGAAUGCACAAUUCAAAGACAGACCAUUCAUUGUCUAUCAUGGAAGUGAGGAUAUCAUAGAGUUUGUUACAAAGCUGCAGCAACUGGCCGAUGAAAUCAACAUCUAUUCCGGUGAGAGUUGCAUUCCACUCGAUGGAGUGAAAUACAAUGUAACGAUAGAGUUUGCUGAUCAAAGUCCGAUGGCUGCCGACACCACAACAGGCGAGUGUGAAGUGUACUUGGAGAAUCUUUGGUUGCAUAAUCACGAGCAUCAUGGCGACACCACCGUUGAAUUUACAGACAGCAAUCCCAGCUCAAAGAGUAUUACAAAAGAAGAGCACCACGAAACUGAGCGAGAAGAGGAAGAGAAUAAUGAUGCUGCUGAUAAUGAUGACGACGACGAUGAGGAAAUAAGAAAAGUACCACCAAAGAAACGUGUAAGACCAUCAAAGUCAAAGGCUAAAGAAAAAGAUGAAGAGAUAAAAAGUCCAAAGAAACGUGGAAGACCUUCAGCUGUAAAGAAAGAAAGCGAUGAAGAGGAGGAGGAGGAAGAGGAGGAAGAUGAAAGAAAAGAAAAAGAGGAGUCAAUGGAGGAAGACGAAGAGGAAGAAGAAAAGGAAAAGGAUAAAAAGAAAAAAUCAAAGAAGAAGGAAAAAGAGAAAAAGAAAGAAAAAGCUAAAAGAAAAGGAAAAUCAAAAAAGUCAAAGCAAGAUGAAGAAAUCGAUAUUGAAUUUACAGAGGGUGAAGAUGAUGAUGAAGAGGAAGAAGAAGAAGAAGAAGAAGAAGAGAGAUCAUCUAAACAUAAACAAAAGAAAUCAAGAAAUAAAUAG